UUUCGUUGAUUUGGCUGUCGUGGCUUUUUAAACUUUUUCAUGUUAGAAAAAUGUAGUUAUUUUCGCUAAUUAUCAUUUCCAAAAUUCCAACCGUGUAUAAAGUUACACAAAGAUGUUAAGGACUACAGUAUCAAAACUUCGGCACGUUUGUGCACUUGCUUAUUUCGUACCACGUCUCCUUCGAGGAAAUAUACGAUACGUACCUGGACGAUUCGAAAAAUUAUCUGUCAGCGUUCAAAGAAGAGUCGACAAAAGCACAGAUUCCGGUUCCAAAGACGAAAGCGACUACGAAAGAUGUCAACGGAUAAUAGAUCGUGCUUUUUCGCCGAACCCACCACACACUCACUACAUCCCAGAUACAAGUGCCAAGCACAAAGAGAGUCUCAUGCAUAUGGUGACUCCUGAAAUGCCGUCAAACCCAGAGAACCAAUGUGAAAAAUGUCAAAGAAUCAUCAAAGAAAUAUUUGGGGAAGAUUCGAAUGCUGGUGACAAAAAGAGUGACGUGGUCGAUCCCAUUUGCAUACCAAUCACUGAACUACAAGCUACGACUGCCAAAGAAAAUGUGGAAACACUUGCACAAAAGGUCGAAGUUAUUGAUGAGACGCCAUUAGUCGAAGCUGCUGCCAAAUCUAAGAUCGAGGGCUUCAAUGCACAUCCUAAAGUAUUAGGAAACAGAAAAAAACGACGAACUAUUGACAAAAUUACUAUUCUAAACUUUUCAUCUGAUAGAUCAGGCCGCCGAAAAGGCACUUCGCGAAAGGAUAGCAACUUCGACGAACUGGCACGACGCUGCCUAGAUUCACCAAGUGGUCAAAUUGACGAACGGAUUCUUAAAGAAAUGGAAAAGCUUGGUGUUCCACCGAGUACUCGAAGAGGCUCCAGGCGAACAGCAACCGAUGUUGGAAUCAUUCAGCCUGAUAUUAUGAAACGACCCCGAAGACCAGUUGAGAAGACUGAACUGGACUUCAUAGCAAAACUUAGAAGACUAGAGGAAUUAGAAAGCCUGAAUAAUAUUUUGCCUCCACCUUUUGAACUUAUGCCUGUCAAAGCCAAUUCGGUGAAUCUAAUUUCAAAUUAUGAAGAUGAAGAUAACUCUCUCUGUGUGGAAAGAAUACAGCCUAUACAUUUAACAGACCCAAUCGAAUCUAGAGUUGAAAAUAUGUUUGAAAAUGAAAAUCUAACUAACUUGGGUUGUGGAAAUAAGGAAGAAAGACCUCCACAACAAUUGUUAGGACAAAUGACUGCAGCAGUUAUGUCAGGUGAAUCUGAUAUGAUGUCAGAUAAAAACAAGACAGAUCAUUCAACGGUGAAAGAUGAAGAAAGAUUGAAAUCAAAGCAAAGAACUUCAGUUGAUUUAAAUGAAGAUGAUGCUUUUCACAGAGAACUUGAAGUUGUCAUAAGAAACAGCACAGGCGAAAAAAUUUCAUUACAGGAACUAAAGGAAAUGGAGAAAGAAGAUGCAGCUAUUCUCCACGAGAAACUAGCAUCGACCAAUCUUUUAACUGAUUUAGUUGAUCCAAGCGACAUUUCUCCACGAGCAGUUCAAACAAACUUAUUAAACAAUUACAAUGAGGCUGAAACACUAAGAAAUCUUUUACAGACUAGACUUGAACAUCUCACGAAGAAAAGCACGAAACCAUAUCAAUUUAAAGAAAAUGCAGCAGAUAUUGCUGAAAAGGCAUCACCUGCGAUAAAUUUCGAAGCAGAUGAUAAUCAAGGGAUUAAUAUUCUGAGAAUGGAACGAAUAAAGCCACCUCAUCUCAAAGAAGAUCUAAACAUUAUUUCCAAAGAAACAUCCCCACACACUGAACCUGGCAUCCUAAUCAGAGAAUUCAAUAAACCUGAAACUAUGAAAGAAAGUGAUGAGCAAAAACCAGUAUUUUUAAGCUAUUCACCUACGCAAGAACCACUUACCCCUCACCAAUACUAUGAGCAACUAUCAUUUAUAUCGAGAGAAAGUGAGCCAGACACAAUACAUAAUUACGAAGAAACUGAUUAUAGUGGUCCCGAAAGGGCACCUGCGCCAAGUCAAAUUUUAGAUACCGUAGGUGUUAUACCAAAAGAUGGUCUUCCUUCAGAACCAAACAAAUCACUCACUGAUAAAAAUAAUAUGCAAAAUGUUAUUGAUCAAUCGGAUCAUUAUCAAAUUCUUGUGAAUACUUAUGACAAGAAAGUGCGUGAUUCUGAUGCCAAAGCUUUUGAAUCUAUUAAUUUAGUGGAGGAACAACCCUCUUGUGGUCCACAAUUUUCUCCUCACACUUUGUUGUCCUCCAGUGAGUUAUCAAGGAGAGCUCUAGAUGAAGAAGAAUCGGAAGUGCCAGUCAUAGCUGUAGAGAUGGGUCGCAUUGAAAGUGCUCCUUUACCAGAUCCGAUACCAGACCAACAAAUGCUUAUGUCUGGGUUAAGUAAAGACCCAAUUGGUUCUGCAUCAAAUAGAGAACCAAUUCUUAAAGAAACAGAGGAGUCAUCAGAGACAUCAAGAACAGUAACUCGAGAGACGUUAUUGAAUCCACUAUUUGAUAAAGGCACUGUACCUCAUGUUACUGCAGACACAGCAAAAAGUGAAAUGUCUCCCACUACUUUACCGAAAGAACACCCACAAAAGCCGCUAUCAUUGUCCGAAAUGCUGAAGAGAGUAAGAGAUCGGAAUCGAAUGGAACUUUGCAAGGAAUUUGUGGAGUUGAAAAUGCAGAGCACACAAGUAGAUCCAGUUGUUGGAGGGUGCGGAAAGAAAAAUCCUCCAUGUCCUCCGCCGGCGCCUACCUGUCCGCCACCACCACCGCCACCGCCCCCGCCACAGAAACCACCUUGCCCCAACCCAUGUAAACCAAAGUGCCCUCCAGGUUGCCCUCCUGCACCAUGCGGGGAGCCCAAAACCAAAUGUCCACCACCCAAGAAAAGUCCUNGGAAUAUUCCCUCAGAUAGACUUAAGUUACAGAUAGCUAACGACUCUACAACGAAUAUUAGCCUCAUCUAG